GGUUAAUGCAUAAUAAUUUAAACUCAACCGAUUUUACACAAAUGAAACAUGAGUUGAACAAUGAUGCAGUCAAUAUACUUACACAUUUCAUUUCUGACGCAAGUAUUUUAUAUUCAAUCAGUGCCAAGUGCAGCAGAAACUGUAAUAUCUGUCAAUGUCAGUAACAAGUGAGGUUAGAAUUUGGUUUGGUUCCUGUUGGGAGACCUGUUGUUUACUGAAUAAUUAUUUACUAUUUAAAAUACUUAAAAUAUGGCGAGCCACGUAAAAAUACGUUUAGCUUCAGAAAGAGUGAAUCACUCCGUACCUACGAACAGAGAACUACCUCGAUUCUAUACACCCGGUGAAGUAGUAACAGGCAUGGAGGAUUUUAUGCGUGGACAUGGUACUUACGCAUCAGACGACUGUUUAAAAGCUUCCGUAGCGGGAGUAAUGCAAAAGGUAAACAAAUUGAUAUGUGUCCGACCUUUGAAGAAUCGGUACGUCGGUGAAAUUGGAGAUGUGGUAGUGGGACGAGUUCUUGAAGUACAGCAGCGGAGAUGGAAAGUUGAAACUAAUUCCCGUUUGGACUCAGUGCUACAGUUGUCAUCUGUAAAUCUACCUGGAGGAGAGUUGAGACGCAGAUCAGCUGAAGAUGAGCAGAUGAUGAGGAAACAUUUACAGGAGGGUGACCUCAUCAGUGCAGAAGUACAGAGCGUGUUCUCAGAUGGCUCACUGUCAUUACACACCAGAAGUUUGAAAUAUGGCAAGCUUUCACAGGGUAUAUUAAUGAAAGUGUUCCCUUCACUAAUCAAACGCAGAAAGAACCACUUUCACAACCUGCCAUGUGGUAUAUCUGUAAUCAUUGGCAACAAUGGCUUUAUCUGGAUCAGUCCGCCAGAACAAAAUAACUUGGUGGAAGAAGAGAAAGAUGAAAUUGUUAAUGUUGAAGUGCAGUGUAUUAGCAGAUCAGAUAGAGAAACAAUGGCAAGAGUGCGGAACUGUAUUGCAGCUUUAGUUGCUUCCAAAAUGUUGCUAGAUGAUACAAGCAUUAUGUUUGCGUAUGAAGAGAGCCUUAAGUAUGACAAUGUUAAAGAACUACUAGACCCUGAAGCUAUGCUCGAUGUUGCAUUCCUAACACAACAUAGAAUAAAUAAUGUUAUGGAGGAGUGAACAUUUUAUGUUUCAUUUGAAUUUCAUUUAAGAUAGGUACUUGAAGAAGUGUGUAAGGAAGGAUUAAUGUGGGUAUACAGUAAAUAUAUAUGUUGGUGUGGUUGUCUUUUGAGCAUGUGACAAUGAAGAGCAGUUGGAAAUUCACUAAGCGAAUUUAUGCAUUCAAUGAAGCGUGUGGUGAGUGCGCAUUUUUUACGGCAUUUACAGUCUUAUCUCGAUGUUAUUUUGUUUCAUUUUACCAAAUACAAUCUUUAUUCUGAAACAUUUUACGUAUCACGAAUUGGU